AUGAAUCUUCUAAGUUGGAACUGCCAAGGGAUUGGGAACCCUUGGACAGUUAGGGGGGUGAAAUGGUUGAUUUCCCUAAACAUUCUCAAAGUGGUGUUUUUGAGUGAGACUCGAUGUACGGAUAAGGAGAUGGAUGAGAUUAGACGACAGGUGGGGAUGAAGUCGGCAUUUACGGUAGAUUGCAAGUUUGUUAUGAAAAAGCAUGAUAAAGGUGUUAGCAGGGCGGGUGGUUUGUGUUGGAUGUGGGCCGAGGAUGUCACGGUCGAGGUUCAGUCCUACUCGGAUAGUCAUGUGGAUGUGGAUGUGGUUGUGGGCGAGGCUACAGAUCCUAAGCGGUGGAGAUUUACUGGUUUUUAUGGCCAACCAAAGGUGGAAAAUAGGUAUCUUUCUUGGCUGCUGUUGAGAACGCUUGCCUUGCAGGGUAACCUUCUGUGGGUUGUUGGGGGCGAUUCUAAUGAAAUUACCUCCAUCUCGGACAAGGACGAAGGGGUAGUGAGGAAUGUUAGACAAAUGGCUGGUCUUCGAGAGGCUUUGGAGUUCUGUCGGUUGAAGGAUGUGCGCUAUGUUGGUCCGAAGUUUACCUGGACUGGAGUGAGGAGUGGCCAUGUUAUUAAAAUUAGGUUGGAUCGGUUCGUUGCCUCUCAGGGAUGGUCGGAUUUGUUCCCAGCUUCAAGGGUGGUUCACCUGCUCCCUAAUGAGUCAGACCACUUACCGGUCUUGUUAGAGGUGAAGGAGUUUGUGCCGCGAAAAAAGAGGAAACGUAAGCGCAAACGCUUUAGGUUUGAGGAGUUCUGGUUGAGGGAGGAAGAGUGUGUGAAUAUAGUUAAACAAGGAUGGGAGUCGGGUGUGGGGAGUCACUCUGUUGACCGAAUUCGGAGCAAGAUUUCAAAGACUAGGAAGGCUCUGGAAAAUUGCAGCUCGAAGGAUUCGCAGUUGGAGUCAAUUGUCUUGGAUUACUUUAAGGGUAUAUUUGCUUCAUCUUAUCCGACUGAUCUUCAGGAUAUUAUGGCCGCUAUUCCCACAGUUAUUACUGAUGAGAUUAAUUCAGCGUUGGUUCAUGAGAUUUCAGAGGCAGAGGUUUAUGGUGCGCUCAAGCAAAUGCACCCAUCGAAGGCGCCGGGGCCUGAUGGAUUCUCCCCGUGUUUUUAUCAUAAUUUUUGGAGCAUUGUGGGGCAUGAUGUGGUGGCAGCUGUCAAGUGUUUUUUGGUGUCGGAGGAGCUACUGCGAAGCAUGAAUGGAACGUUUGUCACGUUAAUCCCAAAAGUGAAGACACCUCAGUACAUGAGUCAACUUCGACCUAUCAGCCUAUGCAAUGUUUUGUACAAACUGGGGUCUAAAGUGUUAGCCAACAGAGUUUAA